GUUCCUAGAUUGUUCUUUGAUUAUGCUUUCAUGGUUAGGCCAAGACUUAUCUUUGAUGAGUAGAUCUUAAACUUUUGUUUUCUGACAGCUUUUUAAGCUGAAUCAUUCUCUGUUAUCUACAUAGAGGAACUAUAUCCCAUGUAUAUGAGCUUGUGGUCUGAAAUUAUGGCAGAAUUUGGACAGAGAGUGGAGGAGCUUUAGCUUGAUUUGGUCUAUGGCGACGAACAGAAAGACUAUAGUUUGGUUUAGAAGAGACCUAAGGAUCGAAGAUAACCCAGCGCUAGCAGCUGCUGCUCGCGAAGGAUCAGUCUUCCCUGUUUUCAUCUGGUGUCCCGAAGAAGAAGGUCAGUUUCAUCCAGGAAGAGCUUCAAGAUGGUGGAUGAAACAAUCUCUUGCUCACUUGAAUCAAUCCUUGAAGGCUCUUGGUUCCCACCUCACUUUUAUCAAAACCGAUAACACGGUUUCCUCUAUCUUGGACUGUGUCCGCGCCACUGGUGCCACUAAAGUCGUCUUUAAUCACCUCUACGAUCCUGUUUCGCUGGUUAGGGACCACAACGUAAAGGAGAAACUUGCGGAACGUGGGAUCUCUGUGCAAGGCUACAACGGAGAUCUAUUGUACGAGCCUUGGGAGAUAAACUCCGAAAACGGCAAACCUUUUACGAGUUUUGCUCCUUACUGGAAGAAAUGCUUAGACAUGUCGGUUGAAUCCGUUAUGCUUCCUCCUCCUUGGCGUUUGUUGCCUCUGUCCGCAGGCGAAGAGGUGUGGGCAUGUUCGAUAGAAGAGCUAGGGCUAGAGAACGAGGCGGAGAAACCAAGCAACGCGCUGUUGACCAGAGCUUGGUCACCAGGUUGGAGCAACGGUGAUAAAACACUAACAGAGUUCGUCGAGAAACAGUUGAUAGAUUACGCGAAAAACAGCAAGAAAGUCGUCGGGAACUCGACCUCGAUGCUCUCUCCCUAUCUCCACUUCGGGGAAGUAAGCGUCAGACGCGUUUUCCAGUGUGUCCGUAUGAAGAAAAUCAUAUGGGCGAGAGAUAAGAACGGGGAAGGAGAAGAGAGCGCUGAUCUUUUCCUCAGAGGGAUCGGUCAGAGAGAGUACUCUCGGUAUAUAUGUUUCAACUUCCCUUUUACUCACGAGCAGUCUUUGUUGAGUCAUCUUCGUUUCUUUCCAUGGGAUGCUGACGUGGGCAAGUUCAAGGCGUGGAGUCAAGGGAGGACUGGGUAUCCGUUGGUGGAUGCGGGGAUGAGGGAGCUUUGGGCUACUGGGUGGAUGCAUAACAGGAUAAGAGUGAUUGUUUCGAGCUUUGCUGUCAAGUUUCUGCUUCUUCCGUGGAAAUGGGGGAUGAAGUAUUUUUGGGAUACUCUUUUGGAUGCUGAUUUGGAAUGUGACAUCAUUGGCUGGCAGUAUAUCUCUGGGAGCUUACCUGAUGGCCACGAGCUUGAUCGCUUGGACAAUCCCGCGGUAUGUUUUUAGAAAUAUAAGAACCAUCUG